AUGUUCUACACACAUGUGCUUAUGAGUAAGCGAGGGCCAUUGGCCAAAAUCUGGCUUGCUGCUCACUGGGAGAAGAAACUCACAAAGGCUCAUGUAUUUGAAUGUAAUCUAGAGAUAACCAUUGAAAAAAUUCUUUCACCUAAGGUGAAAAUUGCACUUCGAACUUCAGGACACCUUCUUUUGGGAGUUGUGCGAAUCUAUAAUAGGAAGGCAAAAUAUCUUUUGGCAGAUUGCAGUGAAGCAUUGCUUAAAAUGAAGAUGACAUUUCGCCCAGGACUGGUUGACCUUCCAAAAGAGAAUUUUGAAGCUGCUUACAAUGCUAUUACACUGCCAGAAGAAUUUCAUGAUUUUGACACCCAGAAUGUGAAUGCUAUUGAUGUUUCAGAACACUUUGCUCAGAACCAAAGCAGACCAGAGGAAAUCACACUUAGAGAAGAUUAUGGUAAUGACCUACUUUUCCAAGCUGGAAGCUUUGGGGAAGAACCUGAAAUUCUCAGAAGACAUAGCUUCUUUGAUGACAACAUAUUGCUGAAUUCCAGUGGUCCUCUAGUUGAACAUAGUUCUGGAAGCCUUGCUGGAGAAAAGUCUCUGUUCUAUGACAGUGGAGAUGGAUUUGGAGAUGAAGGGGCUGCAGGAGAGAUGAUUGACAAUCUACUGCAAGAUGAUCAGAAUAUCCUAUUAGAAGACAUGCAUUUGAGCAGAGAAAUUUCUCUGCCUCCUGAGCCUCCUGAUACUAUAGUGGUGGAACCAGAUAAUCCAGAGUAUAUAUGUCUACCUGAAAAUGGAAAAAUGGAUGACAUAUUAUCAAAUGAAGAACAAGGAUUUACCCUUGACCCAAUUGAUGCUUCAGACUUUGCUGAGAAGAGAAAAGGCAAAAAGAGGAAAUUGCUUAUAGAUCCAAUCAAGGAGAUCAGUAGCAAAAUUAUGCAUAAACAGCUUACUUCCUUUACGGACACACUCAUGGUUUUGGAACUUGCACCUCCUACCCAAAGACUGAUGAUGUGGAAGAAGAAGGGAGGAGUGGACACGCUUCUGUCAACUGCUGCCCAGGAUUUGACUCAUGCUGAACUGAAAAUGUUGUUUACAAAAUGCUUUCUGUCCUCUGGCUUUAAACUUGGAAGAAAAUUGAUACAGAAGGAAUCAGUAAGGGAAGAAGUGGAAAGCAAAAACAUAAUAGAGACCUCUGUGAUGGAAGAACUAAAUUCUCAGCGAGACUUAAAUCAAUCCAAAAUGUGGAAGGAUGUGAUUGAUGGAUCUAACUGUAGCUCUCGUGAGGAUAUCAAUAAAAAUACUAGUUCCGAGCAGGAUAUUGUUGAAAUGGUAUCUUUAGCUGCUGAGGAAUCCUCUUUAAUGAAUGCCAUCUUAGCACAAGAAAAUGAGACUUGUACAGUGGAGUUGGAGUCAUCGGAGAAUGAACAUAAUACUGAGACAGAGAGAUGGAAUCGAAGAAUUCUUCAGAUCUUACAUAGUUUGAGGGAAUCCAACAAGAUGGGAAUGCAGUACUUUAGUCUGAUGAAACUCUGCAGAAAUAGUGACCGAAAACAGGCUGCUGCCAAAUUUUAUAGCUUUCUUGUCCUAAAAAAACAGCAGGCAAUUGAGUUGAGCCAGAGUACUCCCUAUGCAGAUAUUAUAGCUACAGUGGGACCAAUGUUCCAUAAAAUGUGA